CCAAACUGCAACCAGAAAGGAAAGAAUAAUAGAUUUUCACCUUUAGAUCUUUCACUUCGAGAAAUUUUAAAAUGAGUAUCAACAGACUUCCUUUUGUAUUGAAUAAAAUCCCAACUGUUAGAGUGAACCCAGCCAUUUGCCGCUUUAUAACUACGAAUAAGGAAGACGUAGAAACUCAUACAGGCCAAAAAUGGAGUGCAGACGACUACAGACUUGCUAGAUUCGAAAAUGCUCCAAAGCAAGUUAAUCCCAAUUGGGCUGUAAAACUCAUAGCAGGAGUCCCUACAAAACAAGUGACCCAAAGAGUAGUAUGGUGUGAUGGAGGAAGCGGACCGGAAGGACAUCCCAGGGUUUACAUUAACUUGGACAAGCCUGGCAACCACUCCUGUGGAUAUUGUGGAUUGCGUUUUGAGAAAAAGGAUCAUCAUUAACAUUCACUAAUGAUUGUUGCUGCAAACUGUUUCAAUCACCCUUAUUUGAAAAUACUAGUGAUCUAUUAUUUUAUUAUUGCUUAGUAAUUAAAUAAAAUGUAGGUGAAAUAAAUAAUUCAUUAACCUU